AUUUCGUAGUAGAAGAAGUAGCAAAACAAAACAGAAAAAUGCACUUCCGGGCCCUGGGGUCUGCUGACUUUACGAUUUUAAUUUUUGUAUGACACUGGCGUAGUUGAUUAUUCUCAUGCGGUUUAUAAAGUAUAUGUAAUUUAUUCAUAAACAUGGAGCAGUCUGUCAACGCAGACAUUAUUCAAGAAAUACAUACGAACAGUCGUUGUAGACAAUGGCGCAAUUGGGUCGGAUUUUGGUUACUUGGACUGUGCAACAAUUUUGCAUAUGUGGUCAUGCUUAGUGCUGCUGAAGAUAUCCUUCAAAAACAAGAGACCCACAAUGGCACGGUGUAUAACUCCUCUUUAACAAUAUUGGAAGUUGAAGAUGUGAAGGCUGCCAACAGCAGCCGCUAUGAUUGCAAUCCUGUCUCAACUGCCGCUGUGCUUUUAGCUGACAUCCUUCCAACCCUCAUCAUCAAGCUGUCUGCUCCUCUGCUCGUCCACCAAGUGCCUUAUGGAGUUCGAGUGUUAUUGUGUGUGGUCAUGGCUGCAGGAAGCUUCCUCAUUGUGUCCUUCUCUUCAAGUGUGUGGAUGAGCAUUGUUGGCGUGAUUUUUGCCAGUGCCAGUGCAGGAUUUGGAGAAUUAUCUUUCCUUUCUCUCACCGUCUUCUAUAGCAGGGACGUACUCGGGGGCUGGGGAUCGGGGACGGGUGGGGCCGGUGUUGCAGGGGCCCUCCUUUACGCCGGCCUCACUCAAGUCGGCCUUUCACCCCAACAUACGCUUUUCAUCAUGCUGACAGUCCCGUGCGCUAUGCUCAUCAGCUAUUUUUUCCUGCUGGUUCCACCGCCGUCGUUCCCUCAGUGGAAGCGGAGAGAGAUGGAUGAACCAGUGGCUUCAGAUGAGAGGCAGCGGCUGAUGGACGAAUGCCACGAGGAGCAGGAAGCAUGUGGCCGAGCAGAGAGCAGAUAUGUUCCUCUCACGCUUCAAGACAAGUUCCAUAUCAUUAAAGACUUGAUGCCGUUCAUCUGUCCUUUGGGGUUGGUCUACUACGCUGAAUACUUCAUCAACCAGGGCUUGAUGGAGCUCCUCUACUUCCCUAACUUUUUCCUCAGCCAUGCGGAGCAGUAUCGCUGGUAUCAGACCUUGUAUCAGGUGGGCGUGUUUGUCUCUCGAUCCUCCCUAUGUUGCGUGAAGAUCAGGAAACUGUGGGGCCUUGCUGGGCUGCAGGUGGUGAAUGCACUGCUGCUUCUGUUGGCCGUCCGCUACUACUUCCUGCCCAGUGCCUGGCUAGUCUUCCCCAUCAUCUUCUACGAGGGUCUGCUGGGUGGAGCGGCAUACGUCAACACCUUCUACUUCAUUAGUAAAGAGACUGAGGACAGACAGAGGGAGUUUGCCAUGGCUGCAGCCAGCGUAGGAGACAGCUUGGGCAUCGCCUUGGCGGGGGUCACUGCUUUCCCUGUGCACCGAUACUUCUGCUCCCUUUGAAACAUUCCACACACUCACCAUCACUCAUACUAAUACAAUCAAUGACUCAUACAUAGCAUAGAAAUAUCACAGUUGACAUUCCAGAGGUGAGUGAAGACACUUGACAUAUCUUACAUAGUUUGCUGGGAUCAUCCCAUCUGGUUUUUAUGUGUACAUGAUGGGAAACGCCAUUCCUUUUAACGACUCAAACACUGAAGUGAAUUGGGUACUCCAUUCACUCGUCACAAUGUGUUAACAUGUAAGUUAACAUGUAAGGAAAUUCAAAUGUUUAGCUAAAUAAAACCAAUUUAAUUCAAAAACAAAACAAACACCACAAACCCACAUGAAAAACAAAAGAGUACAUUCUAUAUUUAUAUUUACAGUUCCACAAUGGCCUAAAGCAGGGGUCUCAAACUCAAUUUACUUGGGGGCCACUGGAGCUAGGGUCUGGGCGAGACUGGGCUGCAUCAGGUUUUCCAAAAAAAAACGUAUUUAUUAAAAACAGAAAAAUGAAUAAUCUUUGCUUUGGUUUCGAUUUUCUACAAGAAAAGCUCUGAUAAAACAUUCCACUGUUCUCAAAUAUCUUAAUUUUUAUUUUUCUGCACAAAAUA